UGGCCCUUUGCGGUAUGGGGACACAGUGAGAAACAGCUGCCUGUGAAUCAGGAAGUAGAGAAGAUGGCCGCCUAUGAACCAGGAAGUGGAGAAGAUGGCCGUCUGUGACCCAAGAAGUGGAGAAGAUGGCCGUCUGUGACCCAGGAAGUGGGGAAGAUGGCCGCCUGUGAUCCAGGAAGUGGAGAAGAUGGCCGCCUGUGACCCAGGAAGUGGAGAAGAUGGCCGCCUGUGACCCAGGAAGUGGGGAAGAUGGCCGCCUAUGACUCAGGAAGUGGAGAUGACCACCUGUGACCCAGGAAGUGGAGAAGAUGGCCGCCUGUGAUCCAGGAAGUGGGCAAGAUGGCUGCCUGUGAACCAGGAAGUGGGGAAGAUGGCCGCCUGUGACCCAGGGAGUGGGCCCUCACCUAACACCAAAUCUGCCUGGGCCUUGACCUUGGACUUGACCUUGGACUUGCCAGCCUCCAGAAGUGAGAAAUGCAUGUCUGUUGUUCCUUAUCCUCAGGCCACACAUUUUGUCACUGCAGCGCAGAUGGAGGAAGACAGAACAAGUGCAGUAGGCUCUCCUGCGAGUUUCUUCAAUUUUGACCACUUUCAGAUUCUGCGCGCUAUUGGCAAAGGCAGUUUUGGGAAGGUGUGCAUCGUGCAGAAGCGGGACACGAAGAAGAUGUACGCCAUGAAGUACAUGAACAAGCAGCAGUGCAUCGAGCGGGACGAGGUUCGCAACGUCUUCCGGGAGCUGCAGAUCCUGCAGGGGCUCGAGCACCCUUUCCUGGUCAACCUGUGGUACUCCUUCCAGGAUGAGGAAGACAUGUUCAUGGUGGUGGACCUGCUGCUGGGGGGCGACCUGCGCUACCACCUGCAGCAGAGCGUCCAUUUCACAGAGGCGGCGGUCAAGCUGUACAUCUGCGAGCUGGCCCUGGCCCUGGAGUACCUGCAGCGCUACCGCAUCAUCCACAGGGACAUCAAGCCAGACAACAUCCUGCUGGACGAGCGUGGUCACGUUCACAUCACCGACUUCAACAUCGCCACGGUCGUCAAAGGGGCGGAGAAGGCUUCCUCCAUGGCCGGCACCAAGCCCUACAUGGCCCCGGAGGUUUUCCAGGUGUACGUGGACGGAGGCCCUGGGUACUCGUACCCGGUCGACUGGUGGUCCCUGGGCGUCACAGCCUACGAGCUGCUGCGGGGCUGGCGGCCCUUUGAGAUCCACUCGGCCACGCCCAUCGAUGAGAUUCUGCACAUGUUCAAGGUGGAACGCGUCCACUACUCGUCCACGUGGUGCAAGGGGAUGGUGGCCCUGCUGAAGAAGCUCCUGACCAGGGACCCCGAGAGCCGCCUCUCCAGCCUCAGUGCCAUCCAGAGCGCCCCCUACCUGGCCGACGUGAACUGGGACGCCGUGUUCGAAAAGGCGCUGAUGCCCGGCUUUGUGCCCAACAAAGGGAGGCUGAACUGCGACCCCACGUUUGAACUUGAGGAAAUGAUCCUGGAGUCAAAGCCGCUCCACAAGAAGAAGAAGAGGCUGGCCAAGCACAGGUCCAAAGACGGCACGAAGGACGGCUGUCCCCUGAACGGGCACCUGCAGCAGUGCUUGGAGACGGUGCGGAAGGAAUUCAUCAUCUUCAACAGAGAGAAGCUCAGGAGGCAGCAAGGGCAGGGCGGCCAGCUCCUGGACACAGAAGGCCGGACGGGCAGCCAGGCCCAGGGCAAGCUCCCAGACGCUUGCAACAACCACAUCCUGGCUCACGCCUGUCCCCGCAGCUGCAGCAGCUAAGCCCCGGCUGCAGCUGCCCCGCGGGAUGGCACCGUCUCCGCCCUGACCCCCAGAGCCCCUCUCUGUGCCCUGACGGCCCCUGCCUCGCCCCUGGAAGCACCAGAUGCAGAAAGACCCCGGAGUCGGAGCUGGGAAGCCUGGGUUCUGGUUGCAGCUCUCUGCCGAUUUGCGGUGUGAGCCGGGACAAGCCACGCCCUCUCCGAGCCUCAGUUGUCUUCUGCCGAGGGGCUGGGCAGCUCUCCGCCCCACUUGGUUCUUGUGGGGACUUGUACUUGGGAGACUUUGCAGACCCUGGGUGGCAGACUGGCAAAACCUUGGCGUUUCUAAGAUCGUUUGCAGCUGCAAAUCACAACCCUGGUAUCAGACCAUCACAGCUGCAGCUCCGCCCGCCCUAGCUUACUAGAUGGCACUUUCCAAAAAUGCAGCCCCCGGGGCCAAAGAGAGGUCUCAGGUGUUUGCGCCUCCUGCAGAAAUCCUUCUAGAUCCCGCGCGAACCUGAGGUGUGUGCGCCCUUCGCUUUCUGAUCGUCCUGGGAGACUCAGCCUGCAGACCAGCCUGGCUCCCUGAGUCUCAGUGCUGCAAACACUCCCCUUUCAUUCCCAGACCCCUCCCCACCCUUCAUCCCAGGGGUCUACCCAUCCCACCAGUGCUGGAUGGCACAGAAGUGCCCGUUCAGCAGAGGGUCGGCUGCUGACUGCUGGUUACCCCACAGACACCAGCUGAGCCCCCUCCCCUGCCCCAGCCCCGCCCUGCAGCAGGACCCUGGCCUCCAGGGGCUCCCCCGGGCCGGGGAGGUGGGGGAAGGGCAUGAUCCUGGCCAGUCCCUCCUCCAACACAAGGGUUGGAGGCAAACCACCUGUUCAGGGAACGGCUUGCCUGGAGCAGCAGGUGGGUUCUAGCCUUGGUGUCGGGCUUGUGGGCAGAACCCACGCCUAACAUCUGCAGCCCAGGGACCUUGGGCAGGUCACAUGGUCACGCCGAGGGUGGCCUCCUCACCCUCACCUUCCGGGGGGCAGUUCAGUGACAGUCCUGCCUGUCGCAUGCCUGGCUCCUUGGCUGACCCCGCUGGUGGCCGUUGUGUCACCAUCGUCACUUUCUCGUGGGGUGAGACUCGUGUUUAGGGCCCUUAAGUUUUCUCUCUUAAGGCUUUUGUACUUAUUUAUUUUGUCAGAAGCAGACAAACAGAAAGAUCUCCCAUUCACUGGCUUCCUUUCCAAACUUGGCCUUCAAUGGCCAAGGCCGAAGUCGGGAGCCAAAAACUCAGUGCAGGUCUCCCACAUGGGUGGCAGGGACCCAGCCCGUCAGGUGUGCAUUAGCAGGAAGCUGGUGUUGGGAGCCGGAGCUGGCACUGAGCCCAGGCACUGCACUGGGGGACGGCGGGACUCACCGUUCCGCCAGACGCCCCUUCCCAGAGUCUCUGACAUGUGUGUGAGUCCUGCUAGAGUUCAGUGUGCUUCCGUUUGCUCCACCCUCCUUCCGUUUUCCGCUCAGUACAUCCUCGGGGCUGUCCGUGUUGUCUGAGAUUUCUUUUCUUUUUUUUUUUUUAACUUUUAUUUAAUGAAUAUAAAUUUUGUCUCUGAGAUUUCUUACGAGACCUUUCUAUGUUCUGUGACAUUUUAUAUUUUUGUUUUUUAAAAAAAAGAAUCAGUCGUAGUUCCCGUCCGUCAAGCCCCCGCUGUUUGUGGAUUGUGUCACCCGCGCGUUGGUCUGCAUGUGUCUGCACAGCUCUGUGCUGUCCCGGCCAGGAACUGCCAGGCUCGUUCCUACGGCCCCAGGCUGCGUCCCCGGGGGAGCGGGAGCGAAGUGGCCCUGGAGGCACCGCACUUCCUGGCUCUGUCAGUCCGCGUUCCUUGUUCAGAAUAAACUAUUUCUUGGAAAUUC